AUGGAAAAUUUUAUUUCGCCUCCACCUAUGCCACCCCUUCCACCGCCACCAACACCUCCAGAUCCUCAAAUAAAUGCCUCAUCGUCAUCUAUCACAAAUUUAACCCAUAGUCCUAGCGCUAAUAUUCCCGAUGAAGAAACAACCAAACUUACCGAAACUCAAAAAAUGCUAAAACAGCUUUUCCAAGAUCCUUUACUUUCCGAUUUAACUAAAUACAUUAAUGACGAUAAAAGUAGCCAAACAUUACUCAAUAAGAGCACGAAUAAGAAUGUCUCUAAUACAAUAGAUGACAGUUCUUUGACUGCUGCGAUAAAUUCAUUAACACUCGAACAAGUCGAUACACUUAUUGCGUUAGAACUAGGUACCGCUUUUGAAAUUACCAUUCAAAGAGGUGGGCUUGAGCCUUUAAAAAUGGUAGUUCGACAAAAUGCUACAAUUGCAGAUAUAAAAAAUUUAAUUGUUUUACAGAUAUCAAGAGAUAUUAAAGAAGCAAAUAAAAAAAAAGGCAGAAAGAAUAGGAAGAUUAGACAAAAAUUGUUGGAAGAUAAAGCUAGAAUUCAAGAGAUUGGUAUUCGUAGUGGGAGCGUUUUAAAGUUCUCAAGAUACAACAGUAAAAUUAAGAAAGAAAAAAAUAGAACAGAACGCGAAAAAUAUUAG